AUGCCCAAUUUUACAACGGAGAGUGGCUUCAGGUCAAAGAUCAGGGCGGCCGCUUCUGGGUCACAACCGCCUCUGCUUGACGAGGACUUCCUCCCAUCGACGUCAUCUGGUGUACCAUCGCCUUGGCGCAACUGGAACGAACCAACUCGGACACCCCCAAGCAUCAAAGAUACAGGAACACUUCGGCCCGCUGCCGAAUGGUAUCCAGCGUGGAUGCAGUAUCGACGGCGCGAGGACAAUUAUGUGUUCUGGCAGGAUAAGUUCAUGCGCUGCUCGCUGGACAUCCCAUGGUACGAAAAGCGCUGGACCAUUUUCUCCACAUUUUGGUACCUGCUGAUGUACUUUAAGUACCACAUGAUCCCGCCGGCCUUUCGCUACGUCUGGUUCCUAAUUUGGCGCUCCUUCAUGUUUAAGGUCUAUGAGGCGCAUAAGGCCAUCGUGCUCUGGCAGUGCAAAUUCGAUGCGUACCUGGCGCGGAUUGGCAGCAACGGUACAGUGACGACCUUCAGCCGGGCCAUGGCACUCAGGCGGCUACAUUGGAAGAACUCGCCGCCCGCAGAGCUGCUGUACAUGCUCAACAUUUAUCAGACGGGCCGCAUCCACUUGCUGCCGCCCGUCGCCAAGCCCAUCCCGCGACCCACCUUCUUCUGGCUGUUCUGA